GAACAUCUAUUCAUAAUUCUUUAAGAAAAAAACUGUUUUAUAUCAAACAAAACGGGCUGUUAAAGGGUCACCAAGGGUUGCAAAUGUAACGACAGAAAUAUCGCAGUAUUUUGUCAACUACAUUUGUUUAUUAUCAUCACUUUUAAAUGUGUUUAAAAAUCUUCUGUGGCUAUGAUUCAAUAUAAGACAAAUCUAUUAUGAAUUUCUAUUCAUAACAAAUCUUUUUUUAACAAUUAUCACAAACCUACUUUGUUUAAAAACUACCGUACACAAAAAACAAACAAACAGCCACAUUAUACGAAUAGAUACAAUCCUUGUCACAGAAGCGUAGAGAAAAGAAGUAAGUAGGAUUGUAGUAUAAUGUGAAAACAAAGACAGGAUAUACACCAUUCGUAUUUUCAACCAAGAGAUCACAUAUAGGUAAAAUAUGGUAACAGAAACGCACCCCAUUCCCGUCCUCACGUGAAAAUAAUGAGAAUCAGCAGCACUAUCCCUUUUUUGAUUUCAAUGCUAAAAAUUUAUUUUAUGUCUGCUGAAUACCAAAUGCUAAAAAACUAAUCUUUAGAAAAACAGACGUGCAACAUGAUAUAAAAUUAAAUCUUUAAGAUCACAAGGAGCUCUUCUUUCUAUUCGUACAUGUCAAUUAAACAGGAAAAAGGUGUCCAAUCUUUAUAUAAAAGAUUCCCGAGCAUUUUCUUAAGGUAACAUGGAUGUUUUUGUAUGGAUGUACUAAAUCUUUUUGUUCAUUUGAGGCUCGGUUUGAAUAGAGGGUUUGCAAUAAAAAUUAGUUUUAUGACCAAAAUCGUCAUUUCCAUUAAAAGCUAAAAAGGAGUUUCUUUAAAACCUGUGUUAUUAAUUGCUGUUGACAAAUAAUAACACAGUAACAAAUACUUAAUAGUAACAAGACGGGUUUAUGCGACCUUUAGCUACAAUAUUUUCCACUUGGAACACCCAGCAAUUUCUAAUGCAUUUAGUAUCUUUUAUUUGCUUAACGAAACAAAAUUACUACCUCUGUCCCUUUCACAUUAGAACAAUAUUGAUAGCUUAGACCAACAUCAAACAAGUAACGCAAAAUAAAAUACUCCCUAAUCUUAUACACUGUUCUAUAACUAAACCAAUAUUGUUGCUUGGGGGAGCUUUGGUGGCUGAGUUUGACCUUGAAAACUGAUAUCAGUGUUCCAAGACUUGCUGGCAUUAUAGAAGCGACCUCCAGGAGAUGAUUAACAUAAAACAUAAAUUUCCAGGAAAGGCAGCGACCCAAAUUUAUCAACGACUGUGAAUUCGUUAUAUCAAAUGGGUACUUUAUGCUCAUUAGAUAUUUAGAUACGAUACUCAGAUACUAUCUUAGAUACUAUCCUAACAAUCUUUUUUGGGAACUUGACACAGAAGUUGGCUGCAGCCAGACUAAGAUCGUGUCCUGUGCCAAAACUUUGUUUUGAACUUUUUCAAACGUCCUCUGCACAACAGCAAAACAUUAAAUAGUCUUUAUUUGAAGCAAAAAGUUUACGUCGAUGGACAAAUUCUGUUUGAUAGGUAAAACAAUUUUUACGCGGACAGUACAGAAAUAAAAUAAAAAGAUGGUGGCAAAUAGUGUCUACUGUGGAAAAGAGUCUCUAAAUCUUAUGGCUUUUUGGGAGAAAGGGUGGCAAUGGAUUUGGUUCUAUGUCAAAAUGCUUUAUAUUUAGUCAUCAAAUCAAUAUUCACCGCCAAAACACAGUCUCGUCCCCAUAAAAGUUAUUUUCAAUAAGAGGUUUCUUCUUUCAACUAAACUAACAGUCUGUCAUCUUAUUAUUGCAUACAAUUAUUAUCCGACUUCUAUUCGCCCAUGAUACCCAGAGGAAGGAUGCAAGUUACUUACGAAUGCUACUUUUCAGCUUUUCUUUGCUUUCUUCGAUGAAGGCCUAUACUUCGAAAACAGAUCUUAUAUGGUAUUCUAUGAAUUCUUGAAUCCCCAAUAUUGGAUAAUUUACCAUUAAAUGUAUAUCUUGCUUCCUAAAUAAACAAUGAAGCGUUGAGUGGUGCACCAUUUGAGUAGCAGGUGUCAGUUCUGAUAGGAUAUCUGAAAGAUUCAGCCAUGUACAAUCAAAAGCAUUAGCACUAUUAAAUAGCAAUCAAAUGUUACAGGCAAACAAUUUCAGAAUUACGAUAGUAGAAUUUUGAUGAAAAAACCUUUACAUAUUUCACUCAAUAAUUUUAGCAGAAACUCUUUUCAAAAAUUCAGCUUGGUGGGUAUAUAUACAAACUUACUGUAAAAAAUAUUCGAUAAUAAGCCCGUCAAAGACCUAUAACUGUUGUUUGUUGGCAGCUUUAGGAAAAUCUGCAUAGGUAUCCUAUACAAGAACGAUUUAUGACGGCUCUAAACUGGAUGAGGCCUCAGUUCUUUUAGGUACUAGAAUAAACUACAUAAAUUUUGCCUUUUGAUAAGAGAGAGUAAAGAAAUUGAAUUUGGUUGCGAAGGAAAUCUUUAUAAUGUCUAAGGGUGGAGAAGGACGGGUCAAAAAUCUAAAAAAAUCAAUAAAGAUGUCAAAAUCAAAUUCAAAUUAAAAAUUCAUUUUAUAUUCAGCAACUUAGUUACAAAUUUAUGACAAUAAGAUAAUUUUAUAGUAAUUUACAUUCCAUAUAACUAAUAGUUUUAACAAUAUAUAGUUGCCUUUGAAGUUGAGAGCAACCGGAUCGGUUUUCGAGAUGUUACCAUGAAAGAAAAUUUUAGCUAUUCUAUAAAGAACCCUUUGUUAAGAAUAAAACGACUGAGCUUUGACUGGUGGAAAAGGGAGGUACUUUAUUAAUAUUGCAACAAGAAGUAUAACAAACUAAACGAAUUUUAAGUUGCAUGAUAUAAAAAUUUGCAUGUACAGGAACUGACCUAGACAUUAAUCCGCAACAAACAGUCCCAAUAUAUCAGAAAUAAAAACCUUUCUGAAUCUAGUAAAAUUACUUUAUGAAAAACCGCCGUCUUCUGUUUUUUAUCGUUUCGAUUGUGUUUCUAAAGACAGAUGCAAAGUGAUUCAGAAAUUUUGAAGGGAAAUAAAUAAUAUAUUUGUAGCAAAAUGGAAAGCUGCCCAAGUAUUUUCUCUUGCAUCUUUUCACCCCAUCCAUCGUUUAGCUAUAUUUCUGAAUUACAACUCACUAUGUUAAUCUAAUGCAAGUACCUAAAUAAUGAUUGAAGAAUGCUCACAAAGAUUUUUUGGUAAAACACAGUAGUUACUAGAAGGAUAAAGCCUUUUUAUAGUCUUAGCCACGACUGAGAGUUCUAACCUAUACUAUUACAUGUUAUACAAAAAUGGAUUAGAAAAAGAUAAGGAAGAUUUUCAUGAAACUGACGAUAUAUCUACUGCAUUAACAACGAACUUAAAAAAAUAUAACAACGAUUGAGACAUUGUAAGAAAGGCUAUUCUUAGCAAAGCGCUAAAAACAACUCCGGAUACAAAGCAUCCUGUGAAAAGAUCUGGUGUUACACAUAUAGGCGUUUCUCAGCUAAACUUACAUGAAAGAAUACAAACACAAUGCAGGGCCUGGAGAAUAAUGGGAGUUAACAAGAGCUAGAAAGUGAAGUUUCACUACAGCAGGUACUCUACAGAAAUCUAAAUUAGACACAGUUGGUGGCAUCAAUUAGAAUUUGGUAAAAAAUCCCGCCACAUGAAAUUUCAUUUGAAUUGAGAUUACGGAGAGUAUCUAAGCCACAUCAAUAAACAAAACAUUGAAGAAACAUGGCAUCUUCUUGGUUUUGAAGUAAUUGGUUGAAAUGGCGCACGUACGAAUGCAGUUACUUUGACAAAAAGGCGAAGUAGUCUUGGAAAUGGCCUCGAUGUUGGCCUUAAUGGCAUGAAAUUAUCUUCAGAUAAAAGAACACACUUUGCAAGAGAAGAAAUCUUUGACCUUCGUGUAUAUUCCUUUUUACUCCAUUACAAACUUAAUCCUGUUGAUUGUUUCAAGUGUUGUUUUAUGAAUCUCUGAUCUAUUUUCGUGCUGGGAGAAUGCCUCAUCCUAAUCAAACACACCUUUAUGAAUUUUAUCUGAUAUAGAGUUGUCAAGUGAUGACGUCUCAAAAUCUAUUUUUAGAAUUUUUGAAAUUGUUUCCCCAUAACUUGAAAGAGCAUUAUGAAAUACUUUAAAUUUACAAAAUCAGUUGAAGGUAUUACGAAUUGGCUGAGAUAUGACCAGAUGAGCACAAGCUCUGGCCCCAUCAAACCUCUGUAAUUUGGUCUCAGUUCAUAACUUUAUGACCUGAGUCAAAAUAAAAGUAAUCCGUUAGCAAACUUCAAAUCUCUUAUUGGCCAUAGCUUACCCGAUUUUUGACAAAUUUAACUGAUUUUGCAUGUAUGGGAGAAUUUCAUGAUGUUCUUUUAUGUUAUAUGGUCAACAUUCAAAAAUUCCAAAAAUAAUUUUCUUGUUACGUUACACUUGAGAACUCUAUUGUGGCCCAAAUCACAUUAGGAAAAAUAUUUGUAUUAAAAUACUUCAUUCACAGAUUUUUGGAAACAUUUGAUCAGUGAAAGCAAGCAAAACUGUCAUUUUGAAUUAUUGCUACCAUUAUAAAAGAUAAUGGUUCAUAGACACUUUUAUAGAUUAUUUACAGAAAGUAAAUAGGUAUCUUUUUGAAAACAUCUAACCUGCAUCUGGUAUGAGCUUAAGCCUAUUUUAAUGCCUACAUUUUUUUUAAUAGCCGCCAUUUUGCAACUGAUUCGCCAUUUUGAAAAUUAGGAAAAAAUUCAGAAGUCUCGAAGUAAAAUUUGAUUCUACAAUGUCUUGACCCUAAAGCCGGUUUCAGAACUCUUAUUUGAAAAUGUUUCCGAUUUUUUUGGUUUUAGACCUGUCUAUCUUGACUGUGACUUUGUUUGAAGGCCACAAAUACAGUUUUAUUAAGUUCAAUAAAUGCCUAUUCGUUGUUCUUAUUGCUUCACAACUUUCAAUGGCAUGAAAACUUUCCAAAGCGUGGUUAACAAUAGGGUUCUUUAGAUUUUGCCAUCAAACACUCCUAAGCCUGGCACUGGAUAAAUAAAAGGAGAAUUUCAAAAGAAGUUGAAACACCUGUCAUAAAACUGAAGUAUAGCUGCCUAUUAUGACAUCACCGCGAAGCAGAAAAGAAUUUCUUUACCGCAGCUACUAGUCAAGCGACCAUUUUAGCAAACAUCACUUCAAAGUCAUUAAAUUUAGAGACUAUGGAACUGAAUACGCUAUAUUAAAAAGGAGGUUAUUCAUUGUCAAUUUUACAUUGUGAUACAUUGUGUUAUUGUAAAACCUCAUUUCAUACUAAAUGAAGAAUUGAUCAUAUUUAAACGAUAUUAGGAAACCAAUAUAAGUGACAGGACAUUUUUUAAAUCAUUUUGAAACAACGAGAGUUUGUCACAAAUUCGUUGCUACUAGAAUGACUUGACGAUUUUGGAAUGACGCCAUACACAAUCUAAUUACAGAUUUGUCACUACAAACAAACAAAAAAUUAUAAAUCAUUUAGAAGAGCCCUUGAGAUACUGUCAUUCAUUAGUAUUAGCGAUGCUGGCUUGAAACAAUUAAGCCUCCUUGUGAACUGAUUUUUCUUACGAAACUAAGCUCAGAAUUACCACUCAGUUUCUAAAUUUUUUCUUAAUUCCAGCACUACAAUUUUUUAUAAGUUUCGAAAAUAACUACUGCUAAAACAAAAACGAGACAACAGAAAAAAGCACACCCAAAAAAUCACAAGAUGAUCUCCGCUCUAUUUAUCUAUGUUAAGUAACAUAGAAAAUAGGUACCCAAUCGACCAAAAAAUCAUUUUCAACCAAUUUUUAAAAGAGAAAUGGUCAGUUCAAAAAGGUUAUUAACUUUUUGGUCAUCUUAGGGCUAGGGUCCUGACAGACCAGCAGAGUUGCUGUCAGUUUUCGGGUAGUUUCUCGGUUCCUGGAUUCUUUUUAAAGUCCUUGACGGUAGGAAUAAAGUGACUGAUUUUUUGGGGUUUUCAUCAUUAGGAUGCGAUCAUGGAACUAUUUAAUACAUUGUUUUUUCUAUGAAAAGACUUUCCAAGGCAUGUGUAAUCCACAUUUGCUUUGCUGUCAAUUAAACAAAUGUCUUCGAUAUACAAUCUCUUGAAUAAACAUUUAGUAAAUUUCUCAGGCUACUUUUCUUCAAUAAUUUUGCGAGUAACUCAGAGAAAAAAGAAAAUUUUUAAAGAAUUGAAAAUACUGGUCCACGCAGACCCGGAUAACAAAAUGGUAACUGCGUCAGGAUGAAUUCGAAGACUGUAAAUACAAAUUUCUGAUAAUGAUUUUUAUCGGUUCUAGCAAUUUUUUUUAAUUUAGUUUUUAAUAUCCCUGUUGGGCAACUUCAGAAUAAUCAAACGGCAUUAAACCCACAGGUAAUAAAAACAAAAGAAAUUAAAAAUGAAAGAUGACUCAAUGAUUAAAGGCCUUAAAAGCCAAACCAGAAACAGGUGAAAUAUGAUAGAUACCGCAGGGUUUGUUGUCAUGGAAAUAUGUGUAAGACAGAUCUGUGCAUGAUGUGAUAAAGAUUUGAAUUAAACAUUAGUCAAACAUAUUGACUGGUAUUUUUAUAAUAAUGCUCUGAACCUGGCAAAAUGUAUAGCUUUAUGUCAAUAGAGAUGCUUCGUCAGAUACUGGGCUUGCUAUUGGAAUCUAGUUUCAGAGAAAUAGGUCGUUAAUUACUGAACUUUUUACAUAAAAUAAACAUUCUAUUAAAAUAUUGAUAGAAGAGGCAAGAUGUCUCCUGGGCUGUAAACCCUACAUACGUCAGCGACUAUCCUUUAGACCUGUUACAUGGCUGUUCAACGUAAAUGAACGCACAGUUGAGAGUUAUAAAACAAAGACAAAUUCUGGCACGAGUCUCAAUAAUGGAAGCAAAAUGGAAUGAAAUUAAGCUUUGACAUGAAUUCACAAAUAAAUAAGGAUAUUCAGAAGUGAUCCUAGGUGAAUUGAAUUGCAUCUUUUUAUGUAUACUGACACCUGUUAACCAACUUGUUCGCCAUUUAGAUGUCAACAUUACUAACUUCAACUAUCGUAAAAACCGGACCACAAACAUUCCAAGUCUCCAGGGCAAGAGGACAAACCAUUUCGUGUUCUGGUAGUGUAAGUAGUCGGGAAUAAAAUUGCAUUUGUCCAUAUUAACUUGCCAAUGAAAACAUUCAACAACCAAUGUAAACUGCACACCUCACAUCUCGACUAAAAGGAAUGCAAAAUUUCUGACAGAAGGGGGCGUAUAAAACAAGCUAUAUCAAGUAAUAAUUUCCUUUCAUUUCCUAUAUGGAGUUUUUCAAUUCGUGAAAAUCUCGUAAUUUGAACUCUUUCGUAUCAAUGCCUGCAUCACGGAAGCAAGUGGGACGGCAGGUCCUCUCCUACGUAAAUUUAGAGACAGAGACAGGAAGAUACCCCUUAUUCCCGAUACGACCAUUUGGGUUGGAGAAUCAAAAUUGACCCACUCCAUCACAGCUUGUCUCUUUCCAUUACCGUUUCUUUUAGGCGACUUCUAUGGAAACUCUAUUUUCUCAUGGCAAACGAAAACUAAAAAUUAAAAACGACUCGGAGAUAAUGAAAUUUAAUGUAAACAAGAUAUAACAAACGUCAUAACUAUUUUGGGAAAAUUUACCAUUAUCUUUCUUAUUUAAGGAAUAAAUUGUGUUGAAAUAAAAUAAAAUAAGACAAAAUAUAUUUUGUAGAUUCAUGUUUAUGGACAAACACAAGAUGCAUGAUUUCUAUUUUGUCAAAGCAUUUGGUAAUUAGAUAAUUCGAGAUACUGUUUUGAAUGCAGGAAAUGAAAAUUGAAAUAAUUCAAACUAGCACACUUUUUCUACAGUGUAAAAAAAUUUGCCUCUCUUCCCUACCUUGGAAUCUUUACCAAAUUUCCCAUGAUGUUACUGACAUCGCUCCACCUCCAUGAACACAAAUUAAAAUGAAUGGCGAACAGUAUUAUGCAUGAGCUGACUCCAAUACAGCUUCACCACCACGCACUAAUACGCCAGGCUACAUGAUUACCUUUCAUUUAUUGACAAGGAAUAUAUGGGAAAACGAGUGCACGAAAAAGCUUCCUGUUUUUGCAUACAUUGCAGCUUAUCAAAGAUAUCAACAUCAUCACUGCUAAAUAUAUUUUCAUAAUUUUACGACGAUAGACAAAACUUCACUAGCAGUUCUUUUAAUCUAGUUGAUCAGUCUAAUUCGCCUUUUAAAACAAGCCGCCAUUCAGAAAUUAAACUUAUUAACCCGCUAGUAUGCCAUCUGCAGGGAACUUUGCUUACUAGUAAAGUCACUUCCACGAAGAAAGGCUCGAGUGAAGAGUAUGCACACUUUGAUACGGUAGACUUCUUCUCGUCCUUUAAAAUCGGGUUUCCAAGGCAACAUAAGCUCGCAUCGCAGAAUUCUGUUUCCAGUAGUUCGGUGUUCCACACUUUAGCUCGCAAAGUUUAACCAGGGCUCCUGGUUGAAAAAAGAAACCAGCUUCUAUCCCCUCAUUAUCGUAAAACGCAUUUAAACGUCAAGUUUUGCAGGUCCGUUUUUCCGAUCUUAAACUAAGGAUUGCCAAGGGCCGAAUCAAUGUGCAGGGCGACAGGGUUUGGGUUAGAUCUGCAAAGCUCCUAGCAAAGAUGCCUGAAGCUUAAUAAGUACGCUAAGGUGCAUGAAUACAGCAAUGCAAGAUCCAUAAGCCAGUAAAGAAUAAUGAAUGCUAAAACUAAACACGGUAAAACCAAGUUAACAAAUACAGCGAUGGUUUUUCGUCUCUUUUUCAAAGGUUCAAUCCAAUUUUCGAGGCUGCUAUAAAUUUUUCGGUAUUCCAUAUAAAUUAUGCAUAAGUCGAAUAGGUCAUCAAUAAUUGAAAAGAGUCUAUCAGCGACUGCAGAUUUUUGAGUCUUCUAAAAACCUCUGCACAAAGGUAGUCUUGAAACUGUUUUUCUGCUUGCCCAUAUUUUGGGCAUUGGCCAAGCUGUUGUUUAGAACGAAAUCGGAGUUAAACUGAAAACUAGGUCAGAAAAGUCUUUAUAGGCAAACAACGACGCACAUUAGCUGGCACCUGCUACGCGCGGACACUGUCUGGAUUACUCAAAACUUGUGUAUUUUCCAGCUGAUCUCCAGCCUACUUUACUACUGAAUUUGUGGAAUGCGGUCGUCUUAUACACAUGUGUUUUUCUUUUCAUAGAGGCCUCGUGGAAGAGUCGCAUGCAAGUCAGUGCACCAAAUGACGCUGAAAACAUGAGCAUUACUGGGCUUCCAAACACAACAAGUGGAGCUACAAUUAACGGGCCUAUUUCAUCGUCACGCAGUAACAAUAUAACUGCAUUCAGAUCGCAAAACCAUAACACAACACCUAGUUCGUCGGAAAGAAUCGUAAUAAAUGUAUCUGGACUUAAAUUCGAAACACAUAGAGAAACGUUAGAACAAUAUCCAGAUACGCUACUAGGUAGUCAAGCAAAGAGAUCGCGAUAUUACGAUGACGGUCGCAGGGAGUAUUUUUUCGACAGAAAUCGCCCUGCUUUCGAUGCGAUUUUAUUCUACUACCAGUCAUCAGGGAAAUUAUUACGACCACCCAAUGUCCCCAUGGAUGUUUUCGCGGACGAAAUUCGAUUCUAUGAACUCGGAGAUGAAGUAUUACAAAGAGUAGAAAGAGACGAAGGAUACAUCGAAGAGGAAGAGCCUAACCUACCACAGAAUGAGUUACAGCGAAAAAUUUGGCAGCUUUUCGAAUAUCCGGACACGUCCAUUGGAGCCAGAAUAGUGGCAGUGUUCUCUGUGUUUGUGAUUACCGUGUCUAUCGUUACGUUUUGCAUAGAGACUCUGCCUAGCUUUAGGUACACUGAAGUGACAAGAACGGUGGGAAACAUUACGAAAACGGAACGCAUUGAAAUUCAGGACGAUAAAAAGAUGCCUUGGUUCGCUAUUGAGUCUGCAUGUAUAGUAUGGUUUACGUUUGAGUACGUGAUGCGAUUCUUAUCAGCUCCACAAAAAUGCCAAUUUGUCCGCUCCUUUCUGAACCUUAUUGAUGUUAUUGCUAUAUUACCGUUCUAUAUAACAUUACCGAUGGAAUCAAGCAGUGUUGGAUCACUGGGCGUGCUUCGUGUAAUUAGGCUCGUCCGUGUAUUCCGAAUUUUCAAAUUAAGCAGGCACUCGCGAGGCCUGCAAAUCCUGGGACAUACGUUGCGUGCAAGUCUCAGGGAGCUGGGGCUGCUAAUUUUCUUCUUACUCAUUGGCGUCAUACUCUUCUCUUCUGCCGUCUAUUAUGCCGAAGGCGGCGAAAAAGAGACCUUUCGGAGCAUCCCUGAUGCAUUUUGGUGGGCUGUUGUUACAAUGACAACGGUUGGCUAUGGGGACAUGAAACCUGUCACAGUAUGGGGCAAAAUCGUUGGCAGCUUAUGUGCCAUAUCUGGUGUGCUGACAAUAGCACUUCCAGUGCCUGUCAUUGUCUCCAAUUUCAAUUAUUUCUAUCAUAGAGAAAACGAGAUAAGGGCCGCAGAAGCCAAUAAAAAAGACAAAACAAAGCAACAGGCAGAGAAAAAGGAGCGGGAAGAGAGAGAAGAAAGAGAGGCCAAAGAAAUGGAAGUAAAACGAUUGCUUGACGAUAAGAACAAUAAAACUGAUCAAAAUGGUGGCAUGAAUGGACCAAGCUUGCACAGCAGCGAAAAUGAAUACGUCGAGCCUGGCAAGAGCGACAAGUUAUCGAAAAGAAAUGUUAUUGUAAAAACGAACCCUGAUGUGCAGCUUCAAAUAGAAGAAAGACAAAAUGAUAACAAAUUUCAAUUUGAAACUGGCGUGUAAAGGCAAAAUGUCAUAUCAUUGUUACCAAAUUCAUUUGAAAUCAUCUGGUAAUUUGGCGCAAAAUGUCAUAUACUAGAGAGACCCCCGGCACAAAAGAAUGAAAGAGGCGACUUUGAUCUACAAUGCAGAAGAAUCGAAGACGUUAAAAUUUCAUUUUUAGAUUUAGAUUCCUGAAAGGAAUGGAGUUAAAGUCUACAAAGCAUUCAAGCUUUGUAAUAAAUUAUUAUUAUGAUAUGAUAAAACAACUGAAAUUAAAGCUGAAAGUUCGUGAAUGUACAAAGGAGAUACAGCUUCACUUCAAUUCAGUUGGUUUCAAAUAAAUACAACCUAGCCAACCCAACUAUCAUUUAUGGAGAGAGAACAAUGGAAAAGAAUAAACAGCAUAUCGUCCACGAGGGUGAUCAGGUCCAAGCACUGAAAGUUUACCGCGUAUUACCGUGUGUUUACUGCGUGUUUACCGCGCAACGAUUUGUUGCGCACUAUGACCAGAAUUCUGCUAUAGGCAGCUCAAUAACUGAAGUACAUGAAAACAAAAACAUGGCAGUCUUUACGAAAUGCUUGAUGAUGCGAGAGACAUGGUGUAUAUAAAAGAAGAUUAGCUAUUUUGCAUUUUAGUAUCAGUGAUAAAGCUCACUAUAACUUGAUAACUUAUAAAUCUAUCUCGUUUAAAUCUCUAUAAGCAAAUCUGAGCAUUAAAAACUAACGUGCUCCCGCCAUCAAUUUUAUGACUGCUUUCAAAUCAUGCCUUUGUUUAAAAUACUUCAUAUAGCCUACGUUACUUGUGAGAUUAAAAUUUCGUGAGGUUACCAUUUAACACAUACAGUUUACCAUGUAAGCUGGCAGUUAAUGAAAACCAAAGCAGAUAUAAACUUCACAAAACAGAGAGAAGAACAUAUGAAUUUUACUAAGAUUAUCAGAAGCAAAAUACAAAGGGAAUUUUUGCUUUGGCUGAUCGCUUGAUUGCCAUGGUUUGAGCACCGAUCGAGCAAAAGAAUAUAUUCAAAAGUAAUGGUUACUAACCAACAAAAUGUUUAUAGCUAAAAUAUUUUCCCUAUCAUGUUUAUACCAUGUUGGUUUAUUUAUCUUUUAAUAAACCAGACAGAUAGGGAAUGUAAUAGAUAGGUUGGAAAGAUGAAAAGUUCCGAAAUGAACUCUUUACUUCGAUGUUCACUUUUACUUCCAUCACAAUAACCAAGUCAAAUAGUUUUUUACGCAAACAAGCUUUCGUUCUUUCACGAUUUUGUAACUAGAAUUAUAAAUUUUAGCCCCUUCAAUAUGCGUGCAAUUUCACCUCUGUAGUUUUCCUUUAUGGCAAAAUACUCUUUGCCAUUAAUCUUUGUAUCUCUUGUCCAUGUGAUAUGUUAUCCAAUUAAUAACUGGCUAGCAGUGAAAGGAAAUCAUUUAAUGGAGAUUGUCGUCUAUUUUUGACAGAAUUGUGUUAUAUUCCCACGUUCAUUUCUAUCAAGAUAAACUCAGUUCUCUUGUUUGCAGAAUUAAUCUAAAAAGUGUAUUUAAAAUAUAAGAACUGCGUCAAAAUCAAACUCUUCUUGUGGAUUUCAAGAGGCACUAAUAAGUUUUAUAUUUAAUAUCUUGCUGUCCUUAUUUAUGUUCGGUUACAAUCACGAGUGUCAGCGGAUUGUCAAACAAGUAGCGAUUUGUAUUUAAUUGAAAUUUAUUUUAGAAAAUAAAGUAGUCGCCCGCCGUGCAAAAUGACUAAUGUUCUGGCUAGUCUACUGUAAAUUUGGUUAACACGGUUACAUUUCUGAAUUUUCCAUGAGUAUAAACUAAUUUUUUCAUUACCAACUACGUAUCCUCACACAAUAAACAACUGUAAAUGGAGCAGAACGGAUUAUUGCAAUCAGAAUUAAAAAGUGAAUGAUACAGAAGAAAUAAUAUACACAAUACUACAUGGUCCUGAUAUUGAAUUACAGCUAUCGGAUAUGACUGCUAACAAACAAAAAUCAGGGAAAUUAAAGGAUCAUGAAAAAAUUGCAAUCGUUUUUGAAAAAUAGUUCAAACUUUUUCAGGACUUAAUUUUUUACUUUAGAUUGGAACAGAAGACUAAACUUAUAAUCUACAUGUAAUUUUUCGUGAAGCUAGUGCUCGUGAUGACGAUUCUUUGUCCAUAUAAAGUUAAAAAUUUUCAAAAGGGACCUGACCGUGAUAGUAGAUAUUUUUUCAGUCGAACUCUUUAGUGAUUUCAAACUUAAUAUUGCCAUAAAAUCUACAAUGGACAGAUUGUAUCAAAAAUUAAUCCAGAACAAAAUUAUGAUGGUAAAUCUUGAUCUGGGCUCAAAGGAGUCGUACAAAGAAGUUUGGUGCAAUUCUGAUACGUUCGGAAUGACGUCAGAGAAAUAUCGAUGAUUGUUUUGUCUAGAGUAAAUGCCAUUCAGCCAUCUAAACUAAGAUAAUUGACUGUCAAUAUAAGAGAUUAACCAACUUUCCACAAGAAUUUCCACCAUAUUACACUCUUAAAUUUCCAUUUUCGGUUUUGAACUUGCCGUAAGCUCUCCCUCUUCUCAAUUUGCUAAUUGUAUCACUACUGCUCACUUCAAAUCCCAUUGCCAAAUUUUUAUGAGACAACAAGCGGUUUCGAUUUGUAAUUUAAACCUUUUGGGACUUUAUACCAAAAAUCCGCUGUAAAUGCAGAGUCAAGAAAACUGCUUAUUCAUUCUCUGGGUAAUUUCCUCAAACAUUGGAAACCUUCCUGGUCGUGGGCGUGGAUUUUGGUUUCUUUCACUGGCCCUCCUCUUGAUAUUUGAAUUGAAGGAUGCCACAAUGUUUUGGGGGCCUAGUUUAACAUCCAAGUAGCAACAAACAAAAGUGAUUCAACUACCUGCAUGCCUUCACAAUCAUGUUUGGUUAGAACUUAAGAGACGCAUCCUGAGAAAAAUUUCUCCUACCUCCUGGAAAUCAGGAAAACGCUCUUCUAUACAUUUUCUAUGCAAUUAAAGACAAAAAGACUACAUGGUUUGAAAACGAAAAAGAAUUCCUCAAAAAAAUAAAGUACAGGUGAGCAUCAUACAAUUCAGCAAAGAAAGAGAGAAAAAAACUUUCAAUAGCAAAUGAGGAAAACAGUGUGUUGCAUAGCAUGUUGGACCUCCCAUCCUCUAAGACUUCAGUAAAUCUGAUUAAU